AUGAACAGUUGCAGAAGAAAGCGAAGCGAAGAAAAAAAUAUUGUCAACGUAAUUAAACAUAGGAAAAUCGAUGUAAACCAAGAAUCAUCAUCACCAACUAAAUCUACAAUCACCAAAAUUGUUGCUAUAAAUAAAAAUGAAGACGAAUUAAUGAUGUUAAAUGCAAGAUUGAUACAAUGGUGUUAUUUGAAUGUAAAUAAUGAAUUUGCAUUUGAAAAUCAAAAAUUAUCUGUUGAAUCACAAUUGUUGCAAGCCUGGAAGGUUCUAUAUGAAAAGAGAGUUGGGUUAAUAAAUAGUUUGAGAAAGUUUGAAUUGGAAAAAGAUCUUAUUAAUAUAAAUGAAACUUUAGAAUUUCAGAAAAAUAUAUUGACAAGUAUUAUUCAAUAUUUGGAAAAUUUUAAACCAAAUUAUGUCGAGUUUGUGUCAUCAUUGUCUAAAACCAUAACAGCGAUGCCAAUAAUUAAUAUAUUAACAGUAGAUUUGGCUGAAUUGACAAAAGAAAUAGAUGAUUGUCUAAAUGUAGCAUCUGAAUUAUUAUCACCACAAACUUCAAAUAUGUCAGAAUCAUCAUUAUUGGUACAAAAUAUUGCUGACACUAUUCAAAAUCUAUGUAAUGAUAUCAAAAAAGAGUUUCAAGAAUUGACAGAAUGUAACAAUUUAUUACGGGAUCUUUAUGAUGCAGAAAUUAAUGAGAGCAGUUUGAGAAUACGGAAAUUGAAUUUACUUGAAACUGCAAAUUCUUAA